AUGACCGCAAAAUACACCAAAGACCAACCCGCUGGGUUCACCAACCGCAUUGAGCGCAUCACCAUCGUCGGUGCCGGUGGCACCAUUGGCUACCCCAUCGCCGAAGAACUCCUCGCCACCGGAAAACAUACCAUAACCGCCAUCACCCGGCCGGGCAGCACCAGCUCUCUGCCUGUAGGUCUCAAGACCAUCGCCGUGUCCUACGAUAGCAACGAUGGCGAAGCCGCUUUAGUCGACGCUCUCCGGGGCCAACAAGUCCUCAUCAUCUGCCUAUGGUCACAGGCCCCUCCUGACACCCACCACAGGCUCGUCGUCGCGGCCGCCAAGGCUGGUGUGCCCUACGUCAUCCCCAACGGGUAUGGCUGGGUGUGGCUCGACGACGACGAGAAGAAACGCAAGGAGUCGAUGCACGGCGAAGUUGUAUACCAGAACCUGAAGGACGUCGAAGCGCAGGGGGCGUCGAGCUGGAUCAGCGUUCAUUGCUCGUUUUGGUAUGACUUCUCGCUUUCGAUGGGUGAGCGCACCUACGGUUUUACGCUGCCUGACAAGAAGGUAACCUUCUUUGACAACGGCGAGAAAAAGAUCUGGACCACCACGACGAGACAGGUGGGAAGAGCUAUCGCGAAGCUCUUCAGUUUGAAGGAGCUACCCGAGGAUGAGAACGACCAAGAUCUCACGGUUGCGAGGUGGAAGAACCGACCGUUGCUUGUCGGGAGCUUCAAUGUCUCGCAGAGGGAUAUGCUGGACUCGGUUCACCGUGUCAUGGGAACCACGGAUGAGGAUUGGACUAUCACAAAGGAAUCUUCUGUGGCGAGGAGGGAGCGGGGAUUGAAACUCAUGGCGACUGAUCCGAGAGAUCAUGAUGGGUUUGUGCUUGCUCUGUAUGCCUCAAUUUUCCUGCCCGAUGAGGUCAGUUGGUUUGGUAAAACGACAUUUGGUGAAGAAGAGGUGGAUAAUCAGUUGUUGGGACUGCCGAAGGAGGAUUUGGAUGAGGCGACCGAACGCGCGGUCGAAAUCGCGGUCAGGAUGAGGCAGUAA